AUGUCGAGGAAACCAAACCACUGCUCCACGAUAUCAAGACGCGACGGAUAUGAGUACAACUCCACCAACAUGUCAAGUCGUAAAUAUCACCGCUAUAAAACUAUAAAUGACACUAAAUUAAAACGUUUGUUUAUUCAAAUUCAAGUUUCGCGGGGGUCCGCGCGCGAGUUCAGAACGCGAGCGUGGCUAUUCGCGCGGAAUAGCGCGCGUCGGACGGCAUCGCUAGGGCGGCGUCGACUGCUGGGCGCUUGCAGCAGGAUCCGCGGGCGACUGAUGGGCGGGCGGCGCGACGGCCGCGCGCGGCGCACUGCCGCGCCGUCGCUUCCCGGCCGCCCCUCGGCCCUCCGCGAUGACGCCUGA